CCCUCCGGGAGGGGGCAGGGUUAGGGGAGGCGCGGUCGCGCUGCCCGGCGUCCAGUUCCCGCUUCCCCGAUCCGCGGGCGGCAGCCGCCUCGCUCCUCCGCGCCCGGCCGGGUGGACUCCCCGCGCUGGAAGCCGGACAUGGCGACCCUGCUCCCUCCAGCCCCCCGCCGCCCUCCUUCACUCGCCGCCUUCUCCUCCUCCUCCUCCCCGCGGAGCUUUUAAUGGCUCGGACCUCCGGCGGCCGAGCGCCACUGCCCCUGCAACAGCCGCAGCGAGGAGAGCCGGCAGCCCCAACCCUGCGCACGAUAUAAGAAACAUUUCUAUCUAAACAUGGGUGAAACAGAGCAGAGGCCAACAGCAGGAUCCCGGUUAGGAGCUCAGGAGAACGCUGGGAUCAGUACCUUGGAGCAUGGACAGAAACCACCUCUGACACCUCCAGGAAAACUCAUCUCCAUCAAAAUUCAGAUGCUGGAUGACACGCAAGAAACUUUUGAAGUUCCGCAAAGAGCUCCAGGGAAAGUUUUGCAUGACGCCGUUUGCAACCACCUGAACCUUGUUGAAGGUGACUAUUUUGGCCUUGAGUUUCCAGACCAUAAAAAGAUGAUGGUGUGGCUUGAUCUUUUGAAGCCUGUUAUGAAACAGAUUAGAAGACCGAAGCACGUUGUUGUAAAAUUUGUGGUAAAAUUCUUCCCACCUGACCAUGCUCAGCUGCAGGAGGAACUGACAAGGUACCUAUUUGCAUUGCAAGUGAAGCAGGACCUGGCACAGGGAAGGCUAACGUGUAAUGAUACCAGCACUGCCCUUUUAAUCUCACACAUAGUACAGUCUGAGAUUGGGGAUUUUGAUGAAACCAUAGACCGUGAACACUUAGCGAAGAACAAGUAUAUACCUCAGCAAGAAGCACUAGAAGACAAAAUCAUGGAAUUUCACCGUAAUCACAUGGGACAGACACCAGCAGAAUCUGAUUUCCAACUUUUGGAAAUUGCCCGUCGGCUGGAGAUGUAUGGAAUCCGCUUGCAUCCAGCCAAGGACAGGGAAGGGACAAAAAUCAACCUGGCUGUUGCCAACACAGGCAUUCUGGUGUUUCAGGGCCACACCAAGAUCAAUGCCUUCAAUUGGGCUAAGGUUCGAAAGCUGAGCUUCAAGAGGAAACGUUUUCUUAUCAAACUACGGCCUGAUGUGAAUAGUUCAUUCCAGGACACCCUGGAAUUCCUUAUGGCCAGUCGAGAUUUUUGCAAAUCGUUCUGGAAGAUCUGUGUGGAGCAUCAUGCCUUUUUCAGGCUGUUUGAGGAACCUAAACCAAAGCCCAAACCUGUUCUUUUUUCUAGAGGUUCAUCAUUUAGGUUCAGUGGCCGGACUCAGAAGCAAGUUCUUGACUAUGUUAAAGAAGGAGGGCACAAAAAAGUACAGUUUGAAAGGAAACACAGCAAGAUUCGUUCCAUCAGGAGUCUGACAGUACAGCCUUCAGAACAGCAUACAGAGGUGCCAAAACAAAGCUCCAGCUUUGCCUAUGGAGAUGACAAUGAUGCUGCAGCAGUGCAGAGCUGCCAGCAAGGAAAGGAAUUGAAAGCGUCAGUGGAAGACACUGGACAGCACAAGAGCCCUUCAUUAAAGAAGAGCCCAAAAGAAGGCAGAAAGGUGGAUGGAGCAGUGGUGUCAGCAGUGGAGGAGGAAGAGGAGGCUGCUACAGACAGGAUGCAGCAGAACAGACCUCAGUCACAGCAACCAAGCACAGCAGGUUCUCUGACUGGCAGCCCUCAUCUGUCAGAGCUUUCCAUCAAUUCCCAAGGAGGACCAUCGGUGGCAAACAUGUCAUUAUCUCCAAACUUGAGCCCUGAUGCCAAGCAGUCAUCUCCCUUGAUAAGCCCUUUGCUGAAUGACCCAUCAUGCAUCAGGACUGAGGAAGAGGAAGAGGUCAAAAAAAAGAGAUUCCCAACUGAGAAGGCUUACUUCAUUGCUAAAGAGGUAGCAACCACGGAACGAACGUACCUGAAGGACCUUGAAGUCAUCACAUCGUGGUUUCAGAGUGCAGUGAGUAAAGAGGAUUGCAUGCCCGAGACUCUGAAAAAUCUCAUAUUCUCCAACUUUGAACCUUUGCACAAAUUUCACACUGGCUUUCUCAAGGAAAUUGAGCAGAGACUUGCUCUGUGGGAAGGCCGCUCUAAUGCCCACAUUAAAGGAGGUCACCAAAGAAUCGGGGAUGUUAUGCUAAAGAACAUUCAGAGUAUGAAGCAACUGACAGUUCACCUGUGGAAGCACGAUGAGAUUUUAACUGAGCUGGAGAAUGGAAUCAAGAACUCUCGCAAGCUGGAGACCUUUUGCAGGGACUUUGAGCUACAGAAAGUUUGCUACUUACCUCUCAAUACCUUCCUGCUCAGACCUUUACACAGACUUAUGCACUACAAGCAGAUAAUGGAGAGGCUUUGCAAACAUUACCCACCAAACCACACAGAUUUCAGGGAUUCAAGAGCUGCUUUGGCUGAGAUUACCGAAAUGGUGGCACAGCUCCAUGGCAAUAUGAUAAAGAUGGAGAACUUCCAGAAGCUGCAUGAACUCAAGAAAGACUUGAUAGGCAUUGACAAUCUGGUGAUCCCAGGAAGGGAGUUCAUUAGACUGGGCAGUCUUAGUAAGUUGUCUGGAAAAGGUUUACAGCAACGCAUGUUUUUCCUGUUUAAUGAUAUUUUAUUGUACACAAGUAGAGGCUUGACAGCAUCAAAUCAAUUUAAAGUCCAUGGGCAUCUGCCACUGUAUGGCAUGACAAUUGAAGACAGUGAAGAGGAAUGGGGGGUUCCUCAUUGUCUAACAUUGCGAGGUCAGCAGCAGUCCAUAAUCAUUGCGGCAAGUACCCGCGCUGAAAUGGACAAAUGGAUUGAGGACAUUCAGAUGGCAAUAGACCUGGCAGAGAAAAGCAGCGACCCUGCCCCCGAGCUGCUGGCCAGCAGCCCCCCUGACAACAAUGCUUUCUCCCUGCAUUUCAUAGAGUCUCCUGAUGAAACUACUGUAGACCAGGAAUCUGAGGACGACCUCAGUGCAUCCCGCACCUCACUCGAGCGUCAGUCACCACACCGUGGCAACACUACGGUGCACGUCUGCUGGCACAGAAAUACCAGCGUUUCAAUGAUCGACUUUAGUAUUGCUGUGGAGAAUCAGCUGUCUGGAAACCUCCUGAGGAAAUUCAAGAACAGCAACGGGUGGCAGAAGCUUUGGGUUGUGUUCACCAACUUCUGCAUGUUCUUCUAUAAAUCGCACCAGGACAAUCAUCCCUUAGCCAGCCUCCCUCUGUUGGGAUAUUCUCUCACCAUUCCUUCCGAAUCUGAAAACAUUCACAAAGAUUAUGUCUUCAAGCUGCAUUUCAAAUCCCACGUGUACUACUUCAGGGCUGAAAGCGAAUACACAUUCGAAAGAUGGAUGGAGGUGAUCCGAAGUGCCACCAGCUCGGCCCUGCGCACACGCGCCCUGAGCCACCGGGAGCCCCACACCUACUGAAUGCCACAGCAGCUGCCAGUUUUCUACAGGACAUUGGAAACUUUUCCCCCCUGGAGCUUAGUAAAACUGAAAUUUGGUAAAAGGAAGGAGAAAAACCAACCAGGAAGGUUCUGCAGAAACAUCCGCAAUUCCUCAGCAAAACUGUUUCAGUUUUCCAUAUGUUGAAAAUAGCUUACACCAUCCCCGUGGCUGCGGUUUGUUCAUGUCUUGUAUUUUGUCAUUCUGUGCUGUUUUUAGCUUGUGCCAGUAUUAAAAUAUUGUCCUUAUUAGAGUGCCAAAUGCCAAAAGACAUUUUGUUGCCUCAGAGAUUGCACCUAAAAAAACCGACUCCACAAUCUGAAAACUUUCUCUUGUGAGGCAAAUACUAUUUCUUCUCUUUACAUAAAAAAUAUAUUAUUUUUUUUUACCAUGUUAACCUGUAGACUGCUGGAGUUUUAAAUGUAGAUGGACUUUCACAGUACAGACUCUAAUUCUACACACCAUGAGCAGUCUAGCAGGAACAAAGUAAUUUUCAGAUUUUUUUUCCUCCAGUCUUUCUAAAUGUACUCAACAAGGAAUUACUAAUUUUCUAUCUUUAACAAAGAAACAGUUUACAGCUCACUCUCAUUUCCCAUUGAGGUUACAGAUCCACGUGGUAUAAACAAGUUACAGGAUUCCCAUCGAACCAUUUUCUCAGUGCAAGUUGACCAAAUUGAUCAUGUUGGCUUGGGAAAGUGAAUGCUACUUGCAAGAUGAAACAAAAUUAAAAUAAUCCAGUGCAAUAUUGUUUGGGCUGUUAAUGUACUGUGAAUGGUUAUGUACAAGAAGAAAUUAAAGGCUGUGGUGACGUUCUGCUGUUUGUUUUACAAACUUGAAAAAAAAUAAUCCAACCUGUAUGCUCCAAGAACCACAGCUUUGUGUAAUUGAUUUGCGGGGUGUUCUGGUAACACGUGGACUAAAGCACUGCGUGUGGGGCAGCUGCUGAGCCCUGGGCUUGUUUUGCUGCUGGAGUUUCAGCAUCAGAAAUGCCCGUUUUGUAUAUCUGGCCCUAACAUCACCUAGCACCGUUCUUGGGUGAGCUGUUGGCCCAUUCAGAAGGGUGUCAGCACAAAGCCUGCUCUGAUGAGAUGCUUUUCCUUAUGCUUUAAGAAACGCUUCACCGUGAAAUCAGUAUCAAAUAUCCAUUAGCAGAACAGCAUGCUGGAAACCCAUCUGUCACCACUCAGGGCCUUUGGGGAAACCCAGUGCUAGGCAGAGGGGCCUGAAUGUCAGCGUGGGAGAUGAAGCUGGGACAGCGCUGCCCCCAACUUUUCUUCUUCUGGCUAUUCACUGUGUUAAUGCUUACCUAUAUGCGAUGUAUAAAAUGGCUUACAGCUUUGCUCACAACAAAAGGGAAUAAAAUACCUCACAAUACUAUCAUACAUCUUGCUGUUUCAAGACAGUAGAGCCUUCUUUCUGUUCCCUCACCCCAAUGAAUACUUUAGCAAAAUCAGAGCUCCAGGUGAGGAGCAGGAUGGAUAUGUGUAUGCGUAUAAUUUCAAGGAACAGGCUGCAUUCUUGUGGCCAACUCUGUGCCAGUCUGACACAGGGAAAUGAGCAUUCCAGCAGUUUUGUAGACUUGUAGAAUCCUUAAGUUUGGAAAAGACCGCUAGGAUCAUCCAGUCCAGCUCAUCACCACCAUGCCCACUAACCAUGUCCCUCAGUGCCACAUCUACACAUUUACUGCACACCUCCAGGGACGGUGACUCCAUUACCUCCCUGGGCAGCCUGUGCCAGUGCCUCACCAGUUUCUGAGAAGGAACAUCCAGUAAUAUCCUAAUGUUCGACCUGAACCUCCCAUGGUGCAACUUGAGGUCGUUCCCUCUUGUCCUAUUAAUAGUGAGGCGAGAGAAGAGGCCAACCCCCACCUUGCCACCACCAUCUCCUUUCAGCUCAUUGUAGAGGUCUCCCCUGAGCCUCCUCUUCUCCAGACUAAACAACCUCAAUUCUCUCAGCCACUCCUCAUAAGGCUUGUGCUCCAGUGCCCUCACGGCUUCAUUGCCCUUCUCUGAACACAUUGCAGGGCCUUGAUGUUUUUCUUCUAGUGAGGGACCCAAAACUGAAACGCAGUACUUGAGGUGGGGCCUCACCAGAAGUUCAUGUAUGUAUCUGGUAACUGGCUGCAGUUGCUCUUUUCUUUAAAUAUUUUCCUUAAAGCUUCUCUCCCUGUAGCUCAGAUCUGCUAUAAUAAGCCAUAGAAUUAUAUCAUAGAAUGGCUUGGGCUGGAAGGGACCAUAAAAUCCACCCAGUGCCAAUCCUCUGCUAUGGGCAGGGCUGCCCACCCACUGCUCAGGCUGCCCAGGGCCCCAUCCAACCUGGCUUUGUUACACCUCCAGGGAUGGCCAGGGUGCUAAGCACCUCCAUUGGUUUUAAGGGAGACAAAAUAAAUAGGAUAACUGCUGGCUACUGAAUAUACUUUAAGACUUAAAAGACAUUUGUCUGAAAUGAGCUAGGGGAAAAAAUAGAGAAUAUAGAAGUACUGCAGAAGACUCUGCUUCACACCACUGAAAUUUCAGAUGCCAAUGACUGCUGUGUCCCUGUGUCUGUCCUUUACAACUGUUGGCGUUCAUAACAUCUUUUUUACUAUUUUUUUUAAAUUAUUUUUAAUGCAAAUUCUGUGGAGGACCAUGCACUAAUUUGAGAUAAAGGGAAUUUUGGUUUAGAUUACGGAGGCUUGUCAGAUACUGUCUUCAUCAAUGCUAUCCUCCAGAGGAGCUUCCUAAGAAGGAAGUCAGAUAACAACUUUUCCAGGCUGUUGGUUUUUUUUUUAAUGUAAUCAGUCAAACAUAUAUUUAUGUAUUUAUUUAGAUGGGAGUACCUACAUUUGUCAUCAUUUUUCCAGUUUCUUAUUCCUAAGGUUAACCCAAAAGUGAAAUAACCAUAAAAGAAUAAAAGCAGUUAUCUGGACAGUCA